AUGAAAAACUUGGAUAUGUAUUAUUUAUUAGAAAGAAUCAUUAAAUAAGCUAUAAAAUUAAAUCUAAACAAAAGAAGUAGAAUUUGGAAAGUGCAUUUGUAUAAACUUCACUUAAACUACAUUAAAAACUAUAAACUAUUUGAUUUAAAUUAACAUAUUUUAUAAAAUGUGAUCAUUGCAAAAGGAAAAUGCCUAUAAAAGUUUUGACAGUAUCGUAUUUUAGUCAUUUAUAAAAAUUUCCAUUAGAAAGAUGAAAUGCUAUCGGAUGAUUUAUAUAUUUAUGGCUUUAACUCUGAGUGAAGUUUUUGGAACAUAUUUGUUUAAUAGGGAUGAUAUGUUUAACAUGGAUUAUAAUAAUCAAUACAGUACCCAACAAUAUACAACAAUAUCGCCCAUACUGGAAAGUUCCAUACCACAGACAAAUCUGGGUACAAGUCUGGGUACAACUAUAGCAACAACUGAAAGUAUUGCUGUUAGUCCAACAUUACCACCCCUUAACAUUCUGGAUAUGGGACGCCAACCUCCCGUUCCAUACCCUCCGCAAUAUCCCAUGCGUAUUCCAAUGUUUCCACAACAUCCCAUCCCUAUUCCAAUAUUUCCACAAUAUCCCUUGCGUAGUCCAAUGUUUCCCAUACGUAUUCCAAAGUUUCCAAAAUUGUAUCAAUCCAAACCUCAUCGUAUUUUUUCGUUAUAAGAACUAAUUAAAAUUUUGAUAAAAAAAAUAAUAUUUAAAUGAUUACGGA